AAGCAAAAGGGGCAAAAGUUGCAUCUGCUUUCCAGCCUCAUUAAUAUUCAUGAGGUGUGGGCGGAGUCAGAAGAUCGCCAGCUUUAAAAAAGCAGAGUCUGAAUGUUCGACACCCACAGAAACUCUGAGGAUAACCACCGACAAACAAGGAAUUAUCAUCCGAGCGGGUUCUUUAACCUUCGACAAACAAAACUCCAGAAUGGACACCAUGCAUGAGCUCAUCCCUUUCGCCAAGGAAAUGCUGAGCGCUGGUCCCUCAAAAGGCUCUCUGAAGAUCUACCUGGUGGGCGGCACAUUUGCGGUCCUGGGAAUGGUGAGCGGAGUGGUCCAGGUGGCAUCUUCCCUCUUCCCGGACCACGAGGAACCAGACUUUGACAUGCUGAAGGUGCGGGAGGUCCUGCCAGUAAAGCAGCAGGUCCAGGAACCGCAGACCAGCAUUCCUGAAGAUGAAGAAAUGGAUGCGGUGAUGGAGGCAAAAGCCAAGGAGCUUCCCUCAAACAGACAGCGGAGGAUGAGCUUCAGAGCUCACGCGUCAUAAAGCUCAUGCAUUUAUGAAGGAAGUUGAACCGGAAUGGAGGUCUGCUUGUGCACUGACUGGU